AUUGAUGACCAGUCAAGAUGCAUUUUCUCCAGCCAUGCAUGACCAAAAAGAGAUGGGUUCACUUAGUAAUUUGUCAAGUUAUGAUAAUCUCAGCUGUGACAAAACCAGCAGCAGCGGAUCGUGUACAGCUGCUGAGGUUACUGGGAACCCAUACAAGACAGUGGAGAUGGUCUUCAUUGCCUUGGUUACUGGAUCAAUCAGCUUUGUCACUGUGGUGGGUAACAUCCUGGUAAUGCUGUCAAUCAAAGUCAACCGGCACCUCCAGACUGUCAACAAUUACUUCUUGUUCAGCUUGGCAUGUGCAGACCUCAUAAUUGGUGUGUUCUCAAUGAAUCUCUACACGGUAUAUAUCCUGAAGGGCUACUGGCCACUUGGUCCUGUGGUGUGUGACCUUUGGUUGGCUCUGGACUAUGUUGUCAGCAAUGCCUCUGUCAUGAAUUUACUAAUCAUCAGCUUUGAUCGUUAUUUUUGUGUAACCAAACCGCUAACUUACCCAACACGUCGCACAACCAAGAUGGCUGGUCUGAUGAUUGCCUCUGCCUGGAUCCUCUCUUUCAUUCUGUGGGCUCCUGCUAUUCUCUUCUGGCAGUUUAUUGUAGGGGAACGCACUGUGGAACCAGAAGCAUGCUAUAUCCAGUUUCUCUCUAACCCUGUUGUCACAUUUGGCACAGCGAUUGCUGCAUUCUAUCUUCCGGUGAUCAUAAUGACAGUGCUGUACAUUCACAUCUCCUUAGCUAGCCGCAGCCGUGUGUCAAAGCAAAAGCCAGAAGCUAAGAAGGAGAAGAAAGGCUUGAGGUCUGCUGGACUGCUAAAGAGCCACAUUCUAAGGCAGAACAACAAUAAUCAGUCUCCUCCCAAGCCCAGCCUAGAUACAUGCAGCACAGCUGAAACCAUGAAAAAUGGACAGCUAGAUGAGUCCAUGGUCCCCAAUAAAGCUGAUGUCAACAUGCAGCAUGAGGAGAAGGAGAGCUCAAAUGAUUCCAGCACGGCUAGCAUUGCACCCAAAGAGCCCAAGGAAAGAGACAACAAUGAAAAUACCUCACAAAAAGGCCUGACAUCUGGUCCUGCCCCUAUUCCCAAACUCAACCCAGCCUCUAAAUGGUCCAAGAUCAAGAUUGUCACCAAGCAGACAGGAGAUGAGUGCAUUACUGCUAUCGAGAUAAUUCCCCCAGAAAGUGGCACAGCGGGCCGCUCUAUCCCAAUCAACCGGCCACGCACUGUGGUACGCAAGUUUGCCAGCAUUGCCCGCAGCCAAGUGAAACGGAAAAGGCAGAUGGCAGCACGUGAGAAGAAAGUGACAAAGACAAUCUUUGCCAUCCUCCUGGCCUUCAUCAUUACGUGGACGCCAUAUAAUGUGAUGGUUCUUAUCAGCACGUUUUGUCAGUCCUGUGUGCCAGACACAGUCUGGGCCAUUGGCUACUGGCUUUGCUAUGUCAACAGCACCAUAAACCCAGCCUGCUAUGCUCUGUGCAAUGCUACGUUUAAAAAGACUUUCAAGAAUCUUCUCAUGUGCCAAUAUAAAAACAUUGGAACCAGGUGA